CGGCAGUAGCUAACUUUCUUCUCAUUGAAAAAAAAAAAAAAAAAAAAAUUCCUUAAAAAAAGGUCAGCAUACAUAACAUUUCAGUUUGAAGUUCUCUUACUUCUCAGAAAGUCCCCAGUUCAUCUUCAAUGGCAGAAGCAACAAAGAGGUAUGCAGUAGUUACAGGGGGAAACAAGGGGAUUGGGUUUGAAACAUGUAGGCAGCUGGCUUUAAAUGGGGUCACAGUGGUGUUAACAUCAAGAGAUGAGAAAAGGGGUCUUGAAGCUGUUCACAAGCUCAAAGAGUCUGGCCUCUCUGACCUUGUGCUUUUUCAUCAGCUUGAUGUCACUGACCCUGCUAGUAUUGCUUCCCUAGCAGAUUUCAUCAAAGCCACUUUUGGAAAACUUGAUAUCUUGGUGAAUAAUGCAGGGAUUCUUGGAGCCACUGGAGAUGCUGAUACUAUAAGGACUUCAGCUUUUAAUGAAGAAGGAGAAAUCACUUGGAAUACAAUGGUGACUCAAACAUACGAGUUAACUGAAGAAUGUCUGGAAACAAACUAUUAUGGUGCCAAAAGAAUGGUUGAAGCACUUAAUACCCUCCUCCAAUUAUCUCGUUCACCAACGAUUGUCAAUGUUUCAUCCUUCAUGGGGAAGCUAAAGGAGAUACCAAAUGAAUGGGCUCAAGGAGUGUUAACUGAUGCUGAAAGCCUUACAGAAGAAAAAUUGGAUGAGGUAUUAAGUGAGUUUCUAAAAGAUUUUAAGGAGGGUUCCUUGGAAGCAAAAGGUUGGCCUGCUUAUACAUCUGCUUAUAUAGUCUCCAAAGCAGUUUUGAAUGCCUACACAAGGAUUCUGGCCAAGAAAUACCCAUCUUUCUGCAUAAAUUGUCUUUGCCCUGGCUAUGUCAAUACAGACAUAAACUUCCACCUUGGCCCCUUAACAGCUGAAGAGAGUGCUAAAAGAGUUCUAAGGUUAGCACUGCUUCCAAGUGGAGGUCCUUCUGGCCUCUUCUUCACCAAGAAUGAAGUGACACCUUUUUAAUUGAAGACAAUCUGUUUCUAUAGACUUAUCAAAAUAUUUGGCUCUCUAAUGUUCAUGCACUUCGGCUUUGGCUAUUGUUCUCUGUCUGGGAUUUGUGAUCUAAUAAGGAUAUGCCACUGUUAAGUCUCUUAUCAAUUCUGGCUCUUUAAUGAAGAAUCAAUGUGUUUCUGGUGCUUCUUGGAAGCCAAUAUUAGUUCUUGGUGAUCAUAUGUUUCAAGAGAAAUAUUGUUGGUUUGAAAGGGAUUGUCACAAACAUUAGAGGGACAUUUCUCAGUUACAUGAUGGUUAAGAAAAGACUCGAUAGAUUAAGGAAUCUUCAAGUCCUAUUGGCUUCAGAAAGAUCCAUCUGUUUAGGAUAUAGCAUGGUUCAAUGUACACUAUGUGAGGGUUUGGAUACACGUUUGUGUUUAAAGUUUGCGGUUUCUGGCUUC